CAUGUCGGCCGCAGGUACACAACACUGGGCGAGGAGGCGAGUCAGGCGAAGUUCCCUGCGGCUGAAUGUCACAUAUGUGUCACGGAUAGCGGCGCUGUUUUCUCUCUGUCAAAUUUGGGAUUUACGCCACAGUGAAGCAAUCCCCGAGAGGAAUUCGUCUGCUGUAAAGAUAGAUCGACAUUGGAGAAGGUCAAGGCGAGAGAGCCGAGAUAAGUGCUUGUGAAAGAGGAGGAGCAGGAAUAGCGAAGGAAAGGGGGAGAUACAGCCGAAAAUAAGGGAAGGGAGAGAAAAACAGAGGAUAGGAAAAGAAGAGAAAGAUAGUCAGACAAAAAUAAACAUCGAGAUUUGAACCCGAGUUUCUUACGCCAUUGCCCGCAAUCCCUGAGUUUUCUUCACUGGUUGGACUUGAAGAGAGUGUAAUGCCUAUCUUGGUUCUGGCUACAAGGCUUAGCAGUCCCGAGUAUCUUCAUAGGCCUAUGUUUGUGAUCAGCCAAGCUUUUGAAAGAACAAUAUUACCACCAUUACCAUUAUUAGUGUGUAAAUGAGCGCCUACACAUAAGUGAAUCUUGGUGGUUUGUGUAUUAUUUUUUUUUAUGUAUAUCUGAAUCCUUGCCAGAGACAAACUGAUUUAGAGUACAAAAUUUAGUGCAAAUCAGUUCUUGGAUAUUUGAAAAAAAGGAAAAAAAAUUCAAGAUGGCUGAGAACAAAAACCAGGUGUCAUCACCCCAGUCACCAAACACAGAGCAGACAGAGGUGAUAUUACCAGAAACUCCCCGAGAAAACUUUGUGCUCUUGAAGAAUAUGCUGAUUAGCCCAGACAAUGAAGUUUUUGAUCAUCUGAGGCUGCAUUUACAAGAGAAGAUCUGCGAUGGAAAUGGGGAAACACUUUUUGAUGUUGGGGUUGGGGCAGAUGACUCUGUGAGUGGCUUAGCAGAGGAGGAGUAUGAAGCCUCAGUUGCCACCCUCAAGUCCCUGGCCGACACCUUGGAUGCUGACUGUGUCCUCCUGCGUGAGAAGAAGAACAAAACUGGCACUCAGGGACAAUAUCUGGUCAGAAAGAAGGCAGAUGCUGAGGAUUUUAUGGAAGUCAGAGUGGCUGUAGUUGGCAAUGUAGAUGCAGGAAAAUCAACCCUGUUAGGUGUCUUAACCCACGGAGAAUUAGAUAAUGGCAGAGGAACGGCACGUAUGAAAUUGUUUCGACACAAGCAUGAGAUGGAAACAGGUCGAACUUCAUCAGUGGGGAAUGACAUUCUUGGGUUUGACAGUCAAGGAAAGGUUGUCAACAAGCCAGACCAUGGUCACUUAGAUUGGGUAAAGAUCUGUGAAGCAUCAAGCAAAGUGAUAACUUUCAUUGACUUGGCAGGUCACGAACGCUAUCUCAAGACAACAGUAUUUGGUAUGACUGGCCACUUGCCAGACUUCACAAUGUUGAUGGUUGGAGCAAAUGCAGGUAUUGUAGGGAUGACCAAAGAGCACUUAGGCCUUGCCUUGGCCCUCAAUGUGCCUGUCUUUGUUGUGGUAACCAAGAUUGAUAUGUGUCCCCCUAAUGUUCUACAAGACACUCUCAAAUUACUUCACAAAAUUCUCAAGAGUGUUGGUUGUCGAAAGGUUCCACUUUUGGUUCGAAAUGCAGAGGAUGUGGUCGUUUCAGCUACUAAUUUUGUUUCAGAGAGAUUAUGUCCCAUCUUCCAAGUCUCAAAUGUGAAUGGAGAGAACUUGGAUCUUUUGACAAUGUUCUUGAAUCUCCUCUCCUCAAGAACACCACAGAAUGACAAUGAACCUGCACAGUUCCAAAUUGAUGACACCUACCAAGUGCCUGGUGUAGGUGUUGUGGUAUCUGGAACAUGCAUGAAAGGUGUUAUUCGGGUUAAUGACACACUCCUUCUUGGGCCCAAUGGCUUGGGGGAUUUUAUUCCUAUGCCAAUAAAGUCCAUUCACCGUAAGCGAAUGCCAGUGCGUGAGGUGCGAGGGGGACAGACUGCAUCAUUUGCUCUUAAAAAGAUCAAGAUUGGUGAGGUUCGGAAAGGCCAAGUGUUAGUUGAUCCAUCUCUAAAUCCUACUUCUUGCUGGGAGUUUAAGGGAGAAAUCUUGGUGCUUCACCAUCCAACAACAAUCAGCACCAAAUACCAAGCAAUGGUUCACGUUGGCUCUGUCAGGCAGACUGCCUCAAUCAUUGCCAUGGACAAGGAAUGUUUAAGAACUGGAGAUAAGGCUGUCGUCCACUUUAGAUUUAUUAAACAUCCUGAAUACUUGAAGAAUAAUCUAAAAAUGGUGUUCCGUGAAGGUCGUACGAAAGCUGUGGGGAGAGUGUUGGAGGUCAUACCAAAGAUGGCAUCACUACAGAACCAAAAGAACAACCAUAAGAUCAUGAAAAUGGUUAAGCAGACUCUUGAGGGAGUUGAGGCAGGCCAUCAUCCCCAGGGCAUUCUGCAUGACAAACAGGCUGGUGGUGAUGGAAGCUUACACCAGUCAGGUCUUGGAGGUAUGAACUACACAGGCAACAAGAAGCAGCGAGGACGACGAGGAGGCAAACAUAGGUCACGUGGCAGUGGCAUCACAGGAACUCAGGUACCUGUACCCCAAGGAACGUCAAAUGCAGCUCCUGCUUCUCCAACUGCUUCUGCAGCUACCACCACUCCUUUACCCCAGCCUGCUGCCCCAGUGUGAAUGUUAGGCUUAGGAGUCUUUUCACAGUGCCAGCGCCUGCAACACCACCGCCACAAGCUUCAGUAACAUCAACAGAAACUGUGCCAUUGCCAGUGUGAAGAUUGCAGUAACACUCAUAUAUGUACAAUUUAUUUUUCCAUAGUUAAUUUGGAAGCUUAAUGUCAUUAAAUAGGAUACUUAGGUGUGUUUCUGACUUCCAGUUUUACUUUCUUAUUUUGUAAAAAGAAAUAUUUGGAUCUAAAGUAUUUUGUAAAUGGAAGUAUGUGAAUACAGUAUAUUUUAUCUUUAUGACAUUUUCAGUGGUAUGUUCCUUUAAUUUAUAUAGGUAGUUGAUAAAUGCAAAUUUAUUUGAAAUGGAAACUUUAGUUUUGAAAUGUUUUUAAAGAUGGCAAAGUUUGUUUUAAGUAACUAUCCAAACCCACAUGUUUACACUAAAUGAAGGAAACAGAAGGGAAUGGGUGAAAAUUACAAUGAAUGGCAAAACAUAUACAUAGUAACUUUCAAGAAGAAUGAGAAGACUGUAAUGUUGAUUGAAUCUUUCUGAAUUUUUUUUUUUAUGAUUUCCUAUGAUUGAUUAUAUCCCUUCUUGGUGAUCAGUGAAAAUAAUCAGUUCCAUGACUGACUAGACAGUAUUUCUCACUUUAAUGCUAAGUUUAGAUUUAAAAGGAAGACAUAAAUAUGGUAGUUGGAAAGCUGUGAUAAGGUUUGAUGUAACCACAGUAGGAAAUAGGCAAAAUGUCUGAGUGUUUACUUCCUUUUUUUGAUCUGAGGAAACAUCUUGAUAGUAUGAGUUUUUAAUAAAGUCAACAGCAGUUAAUGGCUUUGCGUACAUUAUAUAUUCAUGUAUUCCUCCAAGUUUGUGUGGUACCUUUCUUGAUAGCUUUAGAUACCUCAACUUCAUGGUUGUUAAAUUAUGUAACUAAAUAUAAAAAAUAUAUUUUAAAUGUGUUUGUAGUCAUAUUGUUUCCAAAAUUGUAUAUUUUAUUUGCAAUAUAUACAUGUGCAUAAA